AUGGAACAGCCAAUUCGGUAUACAUAUGAUUCAGAAUCUGGGGAAGAGGAGGAGGAUUAUGAGGAUUCAAGCGAUUCACCCACCCCCAUGUUACUCUUAUCCCCACAAAAAAUAAAGAAAGCUGCUGACAGUAAUGCCCAUAAUAAAAAAUUGCUUUUUGGACGCGUUCUACUGGUUGGAAUUGAAGGUGGUGGGAACCUGUUUCUUUCUUCGAUAAAGAAUAAAAAUAUCAUUGGAACACUAAUUCUACCAGGAAAAGAUUCGAUUCCACCAGAUCCAAAUAAUUCAGAAAGUAUUAGUUUAAUAUAUGAGCUAGAAGAAGCUCCUGACGUCCUUAUUGUGCCUUGUAGACAGCAAAUUCCGACCGAAAGAUGUGCAGAGUGGACAAAGGCAUUGUUUAAGCAUGUUGAUGUUCAAAGUGUGGUCGUGUUUGAUACUUUUGCAGCCUCGUCAUAUAUAAACGUCGAUUCUUACGAAGAUAACCGGUAUCCACCAUUAGUUCGAAUAUUACAAACGAGCAAGGCAACCUUAAUUCAAGAUAUACCAUUAUACGAGCCUCCUAAUCUUACUCGUGACCUGAGUGCAGCCAUAUUGAGCCAUUGCGAAAUUCGUAAAAUCCCUGCCUAUCUAUUGCUCAGUCUUCUAGACACUCAACACGGGAGAUUCGUGGCAACCUCGAGCACACUACAAGCUUUCCAAACGACAUGGGAGAAACUUGUUGCUUCUCAUGGAGUAGAGCAAGGUAUUAGUUUCACGGCUGAUAUUCAGUCAAUGUUCAAAAAGAAUGAACGAAAGGGUAGAGAUAUCUUAAGUGGUACUCAAUCCCAGUUAUAUUUAUGA